GUAGUCCAUAUGGAAUGAAUGGUGUAUGACAUGACAUGGCCUGGCCAGGGGACUGGGGGCUUUGGCAGACAUACUGUAAAUAUUUUAGGGGUUGCUUUGGAGAAACCUAGGAGAGACCAGCCAUCAUAUAACCCCUUAACCUGUAGAAGGUUUGCAGCUGCUGAGAAUGACCAAGCUAGUGGCUGCUGCUGAACUCAGGAAGAAGCCGUGCAGGUAGCUACAUGAGAAGAUGGAAGACCUCUUCCCAUUCUUGAGAAAGUUGUACAGGAUUGUUCUACAGACUGCCCCCCUACAUGAAGACCUUCAGAAAUGUGCCACUCUUCUGGUUCCACAGAUUCCAGAUGCAACAUUGGAAAGUCUUGUGUGCAAAAUAAAAGAUUCCUCUCCAUGGUGUCAACGAGAUGUCACAUUGCUCCAGCUGUCUCUUAUACAGAUGUUAGUCUUGAAGGCAGGGAACUCUGACACAGAGCCUGGAGUGAGAUGUCAGUAUACCCAUCUAGUGGAACUGCUGCAGCAAGCUGAUGUGGCAAGUGCAAUCAUUAAACUAUCUGAUACUCCUGAAAAGGUGCUCUCCUAUCUCUCAUCCAAGUGCCUUUCCUGUUUGGUGCUAUACCACCUGAAGUGCCAGAAUGAGGUGAAUAUUCCCUGGCUCCAGUUCUGCUUGAAAACUCUGAGGGAGUAUCCAGAAUGCCACACAGUACUUCCAUGUCUGAUGUCUAUGAUAGGUGUGUUUAAAGGUAUCCUUAAGGAUGAGAACUACCAACAAGCAGACAACCUGAUGAAACGCUUGGGACCUUUUCAUCCUUUGUUUGAAACAUUUUGCACAUCCGUCUUGUCAGUGAGACAAUGCCAGCCUCUAAUACUAGAGUCUCCCAGUAUCUAUUCCUGCCUCUUGGAUCUCCUGGAGAUCUUGACUGCUGUAAGGAUAGUGUUCAAACUGCCCUCUCCUCUUUGCCAGCAGGUGUUUUCUUUAUCUCUUCCUCAGGCCCUAUCUGUGGUGUCUUCUUCUCUUCCAUACUUUGUUAAGAAACAAGUUAUAUUGGUGCUAAAGAAAUGCCUUCUCCAUAAAGCUGGAGAGGACUUCCUUCUUUCUACACACCUUUCAUCACCGAUGUCAGAUCCCUUGUCAGAACAAGAUAUGACCAUCCUUGCAGAAGCACUGCUGAGCGCUGUGAGUGAAGGUUGGCUGCUACAAGUGCCUGUAACUGAUAAGCCCAGCAGCUUUGGAGGUGCUAUUGAGGCUACAAAGCCAAGCCCUGACCUGGUCAUCCUGGGAGCAGUGAGUCUUUCUGUGCUCAAAUCUUUGGAAGUCAAGGUUCAUACUACAUUUAGCAGCACUGAUACAGACAGUUUACAGACUAUAAUGGGCCAUUUGCUGGUUUUCCUUAAGCCACAUCUUGGGAGUAUUCACCUGACACAUCCCUGUGAAUGGGUAUCUCUCACGUUUAUAGAACAAGAUGAUGAUCUGCUAGAAGUGGCAAAGUGCUUAUUGAACAUGUACAUAUACUGCCAUAGCAAUUUGCUUCCUGUCACAAAAUGUCUUGAAGAUAAGAUUGGAAUCUGGGACAGUGCUUCACAUCAGAUGGGCUGCAACCCACACUGCAUCUUCUUGUUACUUCUUAAAAAUGUAGCGUUUGAUGAUUCUGUCCUCCUGGAUUUUCUCAUUUCCUCAGAGACCUGCUUUCUUGAAUACUUUGUUAGGUAUUUGAAGUUCCUUAGAGAAGACUGGCAUCAGUUCUGCCUUACUUGCAGCUUUUUUGAUAAGGCAACUCCCAACAUAGCAGCUAGCUUGAACAAUGACUAUGUAUCCGUGCAAUCAGAGGUGGUGGGAAAUUAUUCCAGCCAUGCAAAUGUGCAGUCAUCUAUACUGAAAACUACCAGUUCCCAGGUCUCAAUGUCUGCAGGGAAUGGUAUUCACUCAGCAACUUGUUCCUCCAUUGAGUGGGAUUACUACUCCUCCUUGAAUGCCCUUCAACGCCUAGUGGCAUAUGACAGCUCAGAAGGUUCUGACACUGAAAGUCUAGAGAAGGAGCAGGCUUCUCUCAGAGAGCAGGUCCAAGAUGAUGACAGGUCAGAUACAGAUAAACAGGAUAUGGGGUUGGAACCUAUGGCAACGUGCCCUGACAUUAAUCAUACACCGAUGGCUAUGGAUCACACACACCAGAUGCUGGGAACCAAAUAUAAAUUUGUUAGGUGCUUAGGGGAGCUGCAGGACGCCAUCCAUAGAAUGCAGCGAAAGCGGCUCUUCCCAUACAACCCAUCUGCAUUACUGAAACUCCUCACACAGAUCAGUGACUUGAACAGAGACGCAGACUGAUAAUAAUCACUCAUUGUAUAUCCAUUAUCACUGCAUUAUUUACAUCUGCUUUGUCACAAGCCAAUAGCGCUUAAUGAUGAAAAGUCUACCGUGCUUUAAAGAAUUUGCAUAAUGUUAUUAUUUUGUCGUUAAGAGCUGCAUUCAACACUAAAGAAUCAGACAUUUUAAGACAUACAAAGCAUGGCACCUGUACAAAUAUCUUCCGUACACUGUUCGAAGCUUUUGUGUAAUACCUGUGCAACUUCAUUCAAACCGCAAUAGAGGAUAUUUCGCACUAAUAAAGGAAUGCUGAUUAAA